GUAUUGUGGUAGUGAUGGUGGUGGGUCCCAGGGAGCACUGUAGUAGUGACUGCACCCCUCAGUUCAUCCCGCGCCUAAUACCUAUCCAGUGGCGUCAGUGGAACACUGCCUGAAGUUUUUUGCCUACAAAAUGAACUUUAUACACACAUUGGCAGACAUUCUUUCGUAUACGUAGUUAUACGUAAGGCUACGACUUAUAAAUUGAGACACCGCCAGCUCGCUACUUUCAGCAAUUUAGACCUGGCAACCCUGGGUCACAGUGUGGUACAAGCAACGAUUCGGGGAGGUGACCACUCCACCUCUCCCCAAGACCAGCAUUCCACCGAGCCGCAUACACGGAUAGCCUAGAGUGCAAGAAGAUGGAGGACAAGGUUGUGAUCCGACGGGCGAGGCUUGGUGAUGCAGAGUCUGUGUUGGAGGUGUGUAGAGCAGUGCAGGCGGAGAUGGCCAGGCAGGAGGCGAGGACUCAGCUCCUGCACCUCCUCACCCACCCUUACCUCGUGGGCCUCACCCUCUUCACCUUCCUUACCAUCCACUACACCCUGCAGACGAGUGUCGCGUGGUCAGCGGUGAUGGGGUGCUGGGUGGUGGCGCUGGUGGAGGCCGCCCGCUACUGGCUCUUCUGGGGGAGAAUCCGUCGGGUGUUCCAGCCUGGUCCAGACCUUCUCAACUUGGUCCACUACUACUCUCAUCCUCGCAGAUUGUUUCUGGUGGCUGAGGUGGGCGAGGCUGUGGCUGGGACCAUCGCCCUGCGAGAGACUGUAGACCCGGACACCGCUAAGCUGUGGAGGAUGUUCGUCCACCCACGAUUCAGGAGGAGGAGCAUCGCCUCAAGGUUGAUAAGUGCGUGUAACAAGGAGGCGAGGCUGCUGGGGUACCGGGCGGUGGAGCUGCGGACUCACCUCACCAACCAGGCCGCCCUCAGGUGCUACCACAAGGCCGGCUACAUCACCCUUCGUCAGGAGAACUUCGCGCGCCUCUAUCCUUAUACCUUUGACACUGUUCACUGCAUCUGGAGGAACGCAGAUUAAGAUUAUUUGAUAUCAAAGUAAAGGAAGCCACAUUCUACAAGUGCAAGAAGCAGGUAACUUUUUUCCGGCAUGAAAGUUUUAAUAUAAAAGUCAACAUAAUAUCAAUUGGUGGUUUUGAAUACUAAAUAAGAUGUAUUGAAUUUGACAUUUUUUACCUGAAGUAAAUAAAUAUAUCUUAACUGUAUUAGCUAAAUGAUAAUUCAGCAACAGGCCAAACACGACCGUGUUAUAAGUGUACAAGAAUAGUUAUAAGUUUCACCAUGCGAGAAAAAGACAUUAUUAAUAAGUUAUGAAACAAUG